UCAGUUUUUUUACGACAUCUGCUAAAAAUGAGUUCGUCGGAUGUACAGAAUGGAUGAUGGGGAAGUGCGUGCUGAUUGUGUUGUGAAUGAUAAGUCUAGAUCACAAUGUAUCUCACAUGGCACUUGAUACGUCUGUUAUAUUCGGUGCUGGCCACCUUCUUAGGACUUUUGCCUGUUUGGUUGUUAUUAUGCAUUUUGUAUCGUGUGACCAGAGGCUUUUCCAAAACGAACGGCCGCAACAAGCGCUGCACCCCUGUUUCGACUCUGGCUGUCGUGGGUUCAGGGGGUCACACAAUGGAGAUGAUACGUCUGUUGAGUGGACUCACUGAAAAAUAUUAUCCACGCCACUAUGUUGUUGCAAGCUCGGACAAGUUUAGUGAUACCAAGAUAGAAGAAUUUGAACAGAGGCGCUCAUUAUGUGCUGGAGGAGAUAAAGCUUAUAAAGUCUACCACAUUCCACGCAGUCGAGAAGUUGGACAGUCGUACUUGUCCUCCAUUUUCACCACAAUUUAUUCUUGCUUCUGUUGCUUCCCUCUGGUUCGCAGGAUCCAUCCUGAUCUUAUCCUGUGUAAUGGCCCCGGAAUCUGUGUACCUAUUGCAUUUGUUGGACUUAUACUCAAGUAUCUCUUCCUGAUGGAUGUUACCAUAGUGUAUGUGGAAAGUGUCUGCCGUGUCAAAACUUUGUCCCUGUCAGCGCAACUGCUCUAUCCUUUCAUUGACCACCUCCUGGUGCAGUGGCCACAGCUGAAGGAGCGAUACAGUGGCGCCGACUUUCUUGGACAGUUAAUCUAAUGUAGUGCAAUGGGACAAUAUCAUAACACUGCUACCAUCUCUACCAGUACCACUGUUUUACCACAGCUUCUGAUAAUGAUCUCUCAACCAAUGGACUCAUAUUGCAACACCCUGUGUACGCUUCUGCUAUUGCUGCUGCUGUGCUCUUAACAACAUUGCCAUAAACUAGAGCAACACUACAAAAUAGUCUGCCAUACACUAGAGGUGCACUUUCAAUAACAGUGUCUUGCAAUAAAAAACCACUUUUGCUUUCGAUAAGUUUUGCCAUACAUAAAUGGGGCCACUUCUAACCACAUUGGUAUCCACGAAAUGUGCAUUUCAAAUAACAUUACAGGUGCAACAUCAAUUGGUUCCAAGUCCUUUCUGGGUUACUGAUAUUUUUCCGAACCAGGGGUGGGUUCCACUAAAUUAGACAAAUAUUAAAUUUAUUAAAAUAAUUAAAUGAAAUACAGGUACUUUGUACAUUAGUACAAAUGAUACAAGUUUGUUAGAAAUGUACUAUGCAAGGUAUUUUGAAACGCUCACCCAGUAAGCUGGCCUGUGUGCAUGGGAAUUUGAAGUUCUUGCUUGCAAAAUAGUGUGGAUUAUAAGAGAUUCAGGACCAUUAGUGUCCAGAAAGUUGGUGUUGCACCUGUAUCAUACACUAGAACAGUGAGCCCGAAAAUAUUUGGUAGAUACUAGAAUAAUAUUACUGUCAAUAUUGCUGUACACUACAAGAAGACAUUCCAAAUCAAUGGCUGCACACUUUUUGUACACUUCCCUGAAACGUAGGUGUACAGCAAAAUUGCACU